AUGUGGAAUUUUAACAAAAAUUCCCACGAUGAGGAGUUCUAUUAUUUCAAUGAUGAUUUGAAAGCUGUUAAUCACAAAGCCUCUGUAAACUCGAAAUGCCAAUAUUCUGCUAAAAAUCAAUUUCCCAAUAAAAACAUAAAGACAAACAACCAAAAUGUCCAUUUUGAGACUCAUACUGAUUCGGUUUUUACACCUACAGAUCCCUCAGAUUUUCAAAUAGAUCAACCUCUUAAUCAUGAGCAACAUGCUUUAUCCUCAUCUCCUACCUCACUUUCUUCUCCUGUCAAAAUUAAAUCAAUCCUCAAAAAAAAAAGCAGUAACAACACUACCCCUAAUCCAAUUCAUUUUAAAAAUCCAAUUCUUUUUAAUAAUGCCCAAAUUUCAAAAAAUUUAAACCACAACAAACCGAAAUAUUUGCUUGAUUCUAACCUCAUUAAGUUUAUGCUUGAUCAGGACGAUUUUGAAUUUAAUGUCGCUAGAAUUUUUCAAUUUUUUGAAGACACCUAUAUUAACAAUGGCGCUUCCACUAGUAACAAUCUUAACUAUCAUUCUUUCACAAGUGCUAGCAGUACUAAUGGCAAAGUCACCGGUUAUAAUUUUUUAAACUCCUUUACCGAUAAUGUUCGUUAUUCUACACUAAAAAAAGGUGUUGUAUAUUCUUGUUUGAAUAACAUAUUUGAGACUUAUAACACCCAAGGAAUUUUUCUCAAUUUGAACAAUAUUAAUAGCUCUGCUGAAAACUCUAUUCCAUCUGCCAACAAGCUAGACUCAUUUAGAAAUUCCUCUCCUUUUUCUGAAAAAAACAAUUUCUCCGAACCAAUUGGUAUUUUUGACGAGUUUUUGAAUUCAAAGCUAUAUACUUUCACUUGCAACAAUCCACCUGAUCCUUCAAGUUUGAAUUCAGGAAAUCUUAAUCAGCAGGAUCUUGCUGCAAACAAUACUAAUAGUAAAAGUGAAAUCAUACAAAUUACCAAUAAAACUGUCUUACAGUUGUUUCUUAUAAAAGAAAAUUUCUCAAAGCUUUUAGAUAUUUGGCUUGCUUCAUAUUACUCUUAUUUGAAGGAUUACAAUUUUAAAUUGUACACCUCUAACUCAAAAAACUUUAUUUCCUCCGAUGAUAUAGACAACGUUGAAAGCUAUUAUUAUAGCUACCAAGAUGAUGAAGAUUAUAUAAAUUAUCUGAAUAGUGAUUCCAAGAAUAAUCAAUCCCCUAUUAAUUUAAAAAAUAAGAAAAAUGACAAUGAAAACGUUAAAAGAAAAACCAAAAAUUCAUAUAAUGAAAGUAGGGCUUAUGGAAAUAGCAUAUAUAAUAAAAUUUUGCAAAAUGUGGAAAAAAAACCUCUUUUAAAUAAAUUUCCUCCUCAAGAGUUAUCAAUUGAUGAUUUACUGUCCAUUUCAAGAGCAGAGAAAAUUUCAAGGAUAUUAACUUCUUCUUACACACCAAUUUCAGUUUUAAAUCUAAUUUUGUUUUCUCCUGAGUUAAUUUCAAAGGUUUGGUCGAUUACUUUUUAUCCAUUUAACUAUAAAUUCAAGCCAUUGCUAAAUACUUUUAUCAGAUUUAAUGAAAAGUUAUUAAAUCAAUAUAAAUAUUUUAGAUCAAUUUAUAUCAAUAUUUUAAUUAACCCCAAUAAUGAUUUUAUCUACAAUUUAACUGAUAUUUUUAUAAAAAGAAAUAUAAAUAUAAAUCAAAUGUUAGAAUUCUUUCUUAAAUUAAUUUUGACUGACAAGUGGAAUAGUUCUACAGGGAUAAUAAAUAAAUUAAAUGAUGAAGGUUUUAUCUCUUCAAUUUUAAAUUUAUUAAGUUCUAAAUAUCCUUCCUCUAUUCAGAACAAUGCUGCUGACUUGUUGAGAGACAUCAUUAAAAACUCAACUUAUUCUACUCACGAUCCUAAUGCUGAUGAAUAUGAUUAUUUAUUAUUUCCAGAAACUCAUUUAACAAACCCAAAUACUCUUGGGGGGCAUUCACUUUUAAGGGACUUGUGUUCAUACAAACAAAUUAAAAAGUUAUUUGAAAAAAUCAAAAAUGAAACUGGAGUUCCAUUAGCCUUAUCAAUUGACAUAUUGAUUGAUAUAAUUAGGAAUAAUAAUACUGAUUAUGAUUACAUUAAUUUAUUGAUCAAAGAAAAUUUUGAUAUAGUGUAUGAUAACGACUUUGAUUUGCUUGAGGUAUAUCCCGUUACUGAAAGAGAUCCUAUUUACUUAAACAAUAUCUUAACAAUUGGCACUGAAUACUUGGAUUAUUUUUAUAAAUUUUUAGUUUCUGCUAAUGGUGAUAAUUUAACCGAUGAAUCCUAUUUUGAAAACGAUUUUGAUUAUAAUCUUUUUAUAAAAGCUUUCAAUUUGGAAACAUACAACAAUGUAAUGAAUAUAUCUGAAGAAAAAAGAAAAGCUGGCGAAAAAGAACUCUUAUUAAAAAAACAAAAUAUGGAGGAUUAUCCGCUUGAGCAAGAAAGAAAAAUUCAGAACCAACGCUCUUGUGCAAAUUUCAAAUACUUUUUAGAAUCAUUCAUUAAAAGACAAAAAAGCGAACAGGUGCCUCUAAGCUCUUCAGAUAUCCCCGAUAAAAAUGAUAAUAGUUCUACAUUUGAUCAGGAGCAGAUUGACGAAGCUAAUGAUAAAAACUAUAAAAUAAACAAAGAUUUUUAUAAGCUUGAAAUACCAAUUCCUUUUUAUCCCGAAGAUCACAUUGAUUCUGAUAAUGAUGUUUUAAAAACUCUAGCUGAAAGCUUACCCAAAAAUCCAAAUUUUAUUCAAACAUCCAUGGGAAUUGUUCCUAGGUUAAAUCGUGAUAAAUUUAAGAUUAUUGAACUAACAGCAGAGUUACUUCAUUUAUCUGGCUUGAAAUUAUAUAAUUCCAUAAAUUGCGAAGAUUUGAUUGAAGAACGAAUGACACUUCAAAGAGAACGUGAAAAUAAUAUUUUUGAAGCGAUGAAUGAUGACUUGUUAAGUGACAAUGAAGAGAACGAUAAUAUUAAUGAUAUGGAAGUUAUUUAUUACUUUAAUGAAAAUUUAGAUAAACUAGACAUUGCCAACAAUGAUUUUGAUAUCAAAGAAAAUGAAUACGAUGACACUGACGAUCUUGAUAAUAGCGAUAUAGAUGAAUUAGUAAAUGAAGAGCAAAACUUCCCAGAAUCGGUAUUGCAUGAAUCAUUGACUGUUUCAAAUAACGAAAAAAAGUUAAAUCAAGAUCUCAAAAAGGAAAAAAUUGGGAAACUAACUGUCCAAAUUGAUGAUAUAAAGAAUUCCAUGAAAGGUUUAAAAAUAGAUACUUCUUCACCUCCAAAAACACCACCAAAUCAAGAAGUGUAUUCGGAUUUGUCUCAAGAACAAUUUUAUAGUGAAAAUGGUAUAAUUGAUAUGGAUCUAGUAAAUGACAUUAUUGAGAACGAAAAAAAUAUAAAUUCGUCAAAUAAAAGUUUUAGUCCAAAUCCCCUAUCCCCUCAAAGUAGUGAUUUUAUUACAGAUGUUGGAAAUCUGGCAACAAUUGAGUUUUCGAAAGGUGGUUUCAAUGGUGAAGGGAAUCUUCAACUAUCUACGAAUUCUAUAAAUAAUAGUGAGAAAGAAGUCAAAAAAGAAGUACAUGCCGUUGAAUAUGACGGCGGUGAAUAUGAUUUGUAUGAAAACUACGGUUCUCAAUACAAUGAAAAUUGUGAUAUUGAAAGAGAUAUUUCAGAGAAUGAGAUUCAUAUUAAUGAAGAAAAUGAUAAUGAAAAUGGUGUGCAAUACAAUGAUUAUAUUGAUCGAACAACUGCUUUUAAAGAUUACAAUACUUUAUACGAAGGUUUUGAUUUAAAUGAAGUUGAAAUUCGGGAAUUGGGAAGCUUCAGUUGUCUUAAUGAUUACAAAAUUUUUUUGAACAAGUUUGAAAAUAGAAAAAACGAUAAAAAUAUUGUUUUAAAUAAAUAUCAAGAACGAGAACUUGAAAAAUAUAUUUUUCUCAUUCAGUACAUUCUCCAAAACAAGACAUAUUUUGUGUGUCAAAUAGAGAAUCAGGAAUAUGAUAUUUUGAAGGAGAUGAAAUCAAGAAACUAUUUAUCUUUAGGUGAUAAGUAUAAACUCAAAUUAAAAGAAACCAAUUUUUUAAAAUUACUUUUUAGAAAAUUUUUAUUGAAAUAUCCCUGGCAUAUCUUGUUAGACAAUGUCUUGUAUGAUUUUUUUCAACAAAUAAUGAAUUUACCGUCUUUCAACCUUAAUCUCAAUAUAUUAUUGAUAGAUGAUUUAUUUGUUAAUGUGAAAAUUAAUAACAUUUUGCUAUACAUUUAUGAAAAGAAUGACGAGUUUUAUAAAAAAACCCAAUUGGAAUUUGGAAUGAUGGGGCAUGUUUUUCUCAUAUCUGAAGAAGUAUUUAAAUUUAUUAUGGUCAAUAAUUUAAAUCUAAUCAAUUAUAAAAUUGUUGACCAAUUCACCAAAAAGUUUUUUCAAUUUUCAUUCAUGAACAUGAAUAUAAGAAAUAAUUAUGGAUUUUCAAACACUAUUAUGUAA